AUGGCAGCGAUCAAUACAUCUGGGCAGAAAAAGAAUAAAAUCCAUGAGAAAUUCCGUUCCAGUUGGCAGACAGCGCCAGAUGAUAUCAUGCAGCACAUUCUACAGCGUCUGAGUUUAUGGGAUCGAAUAAAGUUAAGGAUGGUGUGCAAGUCUUGGAGGUCAGUUUCUAUGCGGAAAGACCUUCGUAGCUCUCCAACUGAAAUGCCAUGGUUACUAUUGCAAUCAUCUGACCCAAAUCCCAGCAAUAACAAGUACAUAAGCUUUUACAGCCUCACUGAUUCCAAAGUUCACAAACUAACGCUGCCUAGGGCAUUCAGAGGAGGAUGGAUUCAUGGGUCUACUCAAGGUUGGUUAGUUCUGGUCAAGGGUAAAUACUCUAAAAUGAUUUUGCUAGACCCUAUUUCGGGUGCCCAGCAGAAACUUCCAUCUUUAACAACUGUUUUUCCACACUUUGCAAGUUUCAAAGAGUUGAAAGGAUCGAUUCCCUCGCAGAAUUUCUGUGAUCAAGUUGUGUUAUCUACCUCGGAUAUUUAUUCAGAGGAUUGUAUUAUAGCAGCAACUUUUAGACUUCGUAUUCUGGCUUUGUGCAAACCUGGAGACAAAAGAUGGAGGAAAGUCUUGCAGUUCGAGAAAUCAGAUAGGUCGAGAUUUCAUGAUAUAUUGUUUUCUUGUGGAAGGCUAUAUGCCUUGGUUUUUCGUAUUCCUGGUGGCAAUAACGAGGUUGAUAUUGCAGCUCGAACCGAAAUAUUUGGAGAACACAAGCUGGAAGUAAAGGUCGUCUAUGAUAUAAGUCCAGGCCGUCCACAUCUUAAUAUACGUCGGUGUAUCCGAUCAGACAUGUUAGAAUCAAUUUCCAAGAAUGAAGUUUUGUUGCUCCAUCAUAUCCAAGAUAUUUCUGGGGAAGUAUUAAUGAUUCUAGUAUAUAAGCUGGACGUAGAGACUGGGAAAUUCCAUGAGGUAAAACACUUGGGAAACCAAAUAAUAUUCUUAUCAGAAUGGGGAUCCUCGUCGCUGAUCGCCUCAGCUGCGUCGAAAGGGAACUGCAUUUACUUUGCGACAUUUAACCGUAAUCCAUCAAAGUCCAACUUUGCUACGGGUAUAUUCUACCCAGAAAGUAGAAGAAUUGAGCCAAUUCCUUGUGUCGACAGAUCAGUAUUGUUACACUUACAGCUGAGGACUCCAGGUGCAGACCACACAAAUGGAGGGACUUGUUGGUUUACUCCAAGUUUAUACUAG